UACUAUGCUUCUAAGGGAAAAACUGGUACAUCGUACAGCAUCCGUACGUACUUACGUACGGAUGUCUGUCUGUCAUGGCUGGUGCAAACGCCUUGCCUCCAUCCAAGCAAGUGUACACCUUGACUUGCAUCAACAUGUCGCUCCUUCGCGCGUUCCAAGCCUUGCGCGUGAGUGCUCCGUCGACGGGGAUCAUCGCUCGUAAUUUCUCCGCGUCUACAGCGCUUCCUGCCAACCUUUACUUGGCGCCUGUGAAGCCUGUGCGUGAACUUCGCGUCAUCUCGCGCGAACCAGUUGUGUUCGACAAAAGUGGCAACAUCCAGGCCAAGGUGUUGUCCUUUGCGGAUGGCUCUGUCGUCGAUACCAUGACCCUGAACCGCAAUGUAUUUGGGUGCCCCGUGCGCAAGGACAUCUUGCACCGUGUUGUCAAGUGGCAAUUGGCCAAUCGCCGAUCGGGUAACCACAAGACAAAGACCCGCUCGGAAGUCAGUGGCUCCACGAAGAAGGCGUGGAAGCAAAAGGGUAGCGGCCGCGCUCGUGUCGGCAACAUUCGCCCUCCUCAAUGGCGAGGUGGUUACCGCGCCCAUGGUCCAGUCGUCCGCGACCAUUCGUACAGCCUGCCCAAGAAAGUGCGUGCGAUGGGGUUGCGUGUUGCUUUGUCGACCAAGUUGGCUGAAGGUAAACUUGCGAUCGUUCGCGACUUGAACCCAGAGUCGGAAAAGACCAAGACCAUGAAGGCUCUGUUGACCAGCAAGGGUUGGGACCACGCCCUCUUUGUCGACGGCGAAGAAGCCGACCGCAACUUUGUCUUGGCCACCCGCAACCUCCCAACGGUCGACAUCAUCCGCCAGCAAAACAUCAACGUGUAUGCAAUCUUGCACAAAGACCUGCUCGUGCUGUCGGAGAAGACCGUUAAGUACUUGGAAGAGCGCUUGGCCGUAGAAUAGAUAUAGAUGAGCACCGCGGCAGCAAAGACUCAUCAACACACAACUCCCUAUACCAUGGAAUGUUCGUUGUAGUACGACCUUUCAACGUCCUCAACCCGAUUGCCC